AUGCCACCUCUGCGCUCGGGAAGAGCUUCGAAAGCAUGUGACCUGUGCCGUAAGAACAAGACGCGUUGUUAUGCCAAGGAUGGAGCCGGAAACACCUGUUUACGCUGUCACACGCUGUCUUUGCCAUGUUCAUUGAGGGAUUUCCCCAACAAUGGAUUAUCUGGUUCCCCGUAUGAGCGACUGCACCGACGGGGAGUCAGUCCUCAGCGUCGAAGCCCUGAACAACCCUCAUCUACAGAUGCGAGACUUGAAAGACUCGAGAGGACUGUCGGUGUCCUGGUGGAACGCUUGGAUUCACAACUAAAAGAUGCCCGGUCCGCCUCGGAAACUGCUGUUCAACCCCCAUCCGGAGAUCCCAGAGCACUAUCUGAGCCAAAUCCUGCACCGGUCAUCCUCAUCCGUGAUGCUGCCAAUGAUGCUGGUGUCGCCUACUCAGGUCAAAAUGAGUCACACGCUAGCAUGGUUUCAUCUCCACUAUGGACGAUGGGUGAGAUUCUCAGAAGAUGCCUCGAUGGAUGUUCUUUUGGCUCAAUACGACAUACCACGCAAGAGCUUGCCGCUGAAUUAGCACCGCGCUUAUUUCGCGAAGCAAAGCGCCUCAUAUCAAUCUCUCUGUUGGAAAUUCCGCAAACCAUUGAACAUUUCCAGGCUACACUCAUUCUGAGCCUAUGGUCUACUACAAUCGGUCAGGUGCCAUUGAGCAUCGAUAGCUGGCUCUUGACAGGCUACGCUCUCCAACAGGGGUCUGCCAGCUCGUGCUUCCCAGAAAUUCCGAUCGACUUUUCCACCAGAGGUCUUCACAAAUCCCAAAUUGAUGCAUGGUGCCUCUGGAACCAUCUAUGCGUGGCCCAUUUACAAUAUUGUGUCGGUACCCGCAGGGAAACUGUUUUGACUCAAUCACAUAUUGAUCGUUGUCGCAUUUUCCUUGAGUCUGGUAAUCUAGAAAAUUAUGAGGCGAGAAUGGUAGCCGAGGUAAAGCUAUACUGGGUGAUAUAUGAAAAGUGCUGCGGGCGCCGCAUUGAUUUGGCGGAAGCCAAGCUCGCUCUUCAGAGUUGGAAGGACCAGUGGGCUAGCUUAUUUGACGAACCUCGCUCCCAAUUUCUCCAAAUGGGGUUUCAUUUUGCGCAUUUUUUGGCUUACUACCAAUCCGUGCGAUCACCUGAACGCCUCAUGGAUGGAUCUGCUAUUAUGGAAAUGAUCGAUCUCUCAAGAACCAUCAUCAACCUAGCUAUCGACACGACAGAUGAUCGCACCCGGCAUCUUACUGAUCAUAUCUAUCACGUUGUGACAUUUUCUGCUCUCACUCUCUGCCGCCUUACAUCUACAUACGAUGCGCAACUACGCGUCGCCGGUAUUGAUGUCAAUGGACUAGACAGACUUGUCAUUAAGCUCAUUGCUUGGCUUCGGUCUAUUGGCUUGCCGUGUCAUGCUGCUCACCUACUCAGUGAAACUGUUGCGACCCAAUUCAAAAUCUUACGCCCAGGAUCUGAGGCAAUGCUUGCCAACCUUGCAUGCUACUCCGAGAGAGACUAUAAUGUGCUGCCGGCCAUCGAAGCAUCGCCUCUGACCUCUAAUAUUGGCGUGUUCUAUCCGGAUUUGAUUGGGUCAGAGCUGUUCUAUAUGGAUGAUGGGACGGCAUCGUGGCCGCAGUGGAGCUAA